AUGCGAUUCUCCACCCUCUUCGCCGCUGCCCUCCCCCUCCUUGGCUCUGCUCUCGCCGCACCCAUCGUCGCCGUUGACGCUGACGCUGCCGCGGCCCUCAACGUACGAGACCUCUUGGACGUCGAUGCCGAUGCCAAGGCCGCUCUCAACUUGAAGCGAGACCUCUUGGACGUUGAUGCCGACGUUGCUGCCGCUGUCGACUUGAAGCGAGACCUCUUGGACGUUGAUGCCGACGUUGCUGCCGCUGUCGGCUUGAAGCGAGACCUCUUGGACGUCGAUGCCGAUGCCAAGGCUGCCCUCAACGUCCGAGACGUCGACUACGUCUCUGUGCUCCAGAGCCUCGAGUCCACUGUUGGCUCCAUCACUGCUCUUGCUGCCAACGCCACCGAGGACGAGGUUACCAAGGUCCUCACCACCGUCAAGGACACACUCUCCACUGCCCUCUCUGAUCUUGGCCUUUCUUCUUCUUCUUCCAAGCGAUCCGAGCGACUUGUUGCUCGUGACCUCACCGACGAUGUUUCCAACCUCUUGGCUACUGUCAUCCAGGACGUUAACACCAUCGUGGCCCCUCUUGAGGACACCCUCUCUUCUAUCCCCGCUGUCAAGGCUCUCCUCGACGAGGUCAACACUGCGCUCUCUUCUAUCGUCAAGGGUCUCGAUGAGAUUCUUGGUGGCGUCCUCACCUUGGUCACCAACAUCUUGAACGGCCUUGGUAUCAACCUCUCCCCUCUCCUCUCUGGCGUCCUCGGUCUCCUCACCGGCCUCCUUGGCGCUCUUUAAGCGCUGAUUAUCCAUAAUCAUCGCUCCUUCUUGUCCCCUUGCCCGCUGUGCCGGAAAGUGCUCCUAAAUUGUGUAUAGUUACUAUCAUUAUUCAUUCCGUAAGAACUCCUUGAAAGUAGUGCAGAUCGUUGUCCGAAUGAAGAUAAUCAUCCCUUCACACACUGCGCUGCUGUUUACUGAUAGGUUGCACCCCGGAGCACACGGCUCAUCAGAACCAUACUCUUCCCUUUGACUAUUGUGAGGUCAAGCUUUUGCUCCUACUGCUCGC